AUGUACCCUGUGCGAUGCCCUCCCAGCCACCCCUCCCAGCCACCCCUCCCAGCCACCCCUCCCAGCCACCCCGUCUCAACCCCCCAGAUAGAGUCCCUCUCCACACCUCAGAUGCCCUCCCAGCCACCCCUCCCAGCCACCCCUCCCAGCCACCCCUCCCAGCCACCCCUCCCAGCCACCCCGUCUCAACCCCCCCAGAUAGAGUCCCUCUCCACUCCUGAGAUGCCCUCCCAGCCACCCCCUCCCAGCCACCCCUCCCAGCCACCCCUCCCAGCCACCCCUCCCAGCCACCCCGUCUCAACCCCCCAGAUAGAGUCCUCUCCACUCCCCAGCCACCCCUCCCAGCCACCCCUCCCAGCCACCCCUCCCAGCCACCCCUCCCAGCCACCCCUCCCAGCCACCCCAUGCCCUCCCAGCCACCUCCCAGCCACCCCUCCCAGCCACCCCUCCCAGCCACCCCUCCCAGCCACCCCUCCCAGCCACCCCUCCCAGCCACCCCGUCUCAACCCCCCAGAUAGAGUCCCUCUCCACACCUCAGAUGCCCUCCCAGCCACCCCUCCCAGCCACCCCUCCCAGCCACCCCUCCCAGCCACCCCUCCCAGCCACCCCUCCCAGCCACCCCGUCUCAACCCCCCAGAUAGAGUCCCUCUCCACACCUCAGAUGCCCUCCCAGCCACCCCUCCCAGCCACCCCUCCCAGCCACCCCUCCCAGCCACCCCUCCCAGCCACCCCGUCUCAACCCCCCAGAUAGAGUCCCUCUCCACUCCUCAGAUGCCCUCCCAGCCACCCCUCCCAGCCACCCCGUCUCAACCCCCAGAUAGAGUCCCUCUCCACUCCUCAGAUGCCCUCCCAGCCACCCCUCCCAGCCACCCCUCCCAGCCACCCCUCCCAGCCACCCCUCCCAGCCACCCCGUCUCAACCCCCCAGAUAGAGUCCCUCUCCACUCCUCAGAUGCCCUCCCAGCCACCCCUCCCAGCCACCCCUCCCAGCCACCCUCCCAGCCACCCCCUCCCAGCCCCCCCUCCCAGCCACCCCGUCUCAACCCCCCAGAUAGAGUCCCUCUCCACUCCUCAGCUGCCCUCCCAGCCACCCCUCCCAGCCACCCCUCCCAGCCACCCCUCCCAGCCACCCCUCCCAGCCACCCCAUGCCCUCCCAGCCACCCCUCCCAGCCACCCCUCCCAGCCACCCCGUCUCAACCCCCCCAGAUAGAGUCCCUCUCCACUCCUCAGAUGCCCUCCCAGCCACCCCUCCCAGCCACCCCUCCCAGCCACCCCUCCCAGCCACCCCCGUCUCAAUCCCCCCAGAUAGAGUCCCUCUCCACACCUCAGAUGCCCUCCCAGCCACCCCUCCCAGCCACCCCUCCCAGCCACCCCUCCCAGCCACCCCGUCUCAACCCCCAGAUAGAGUCCCUCUCCACUCCUCAGAUGCCCUCCCAGCCACCCCCGUCUCAACCCCCAGAUAGAGUCCCUCUCCACUCCUCAGAUGCCCUCCCAGCCACCCCGUCUCAACCCCCCAGAUAG